GAAUAAAGAGCAAGCCCAAUGUUCAGCUCUCUCUACGUCCAAGAAGAAUAAAACCCAAAGUCAUGUUUACUGGUGUCGUGGAUGAGCUUGGUGAGAAAAUUGUUUCCGACCUUGGUGGUCACAUGACUGACGACGUGCUUGAGUGCACACACCUCAUUACCGAUAAAAUUCGGCGAACCGUGAAGUUUAUGUGUGCUGUGGUGCGUGGCGCGUAUAUUCUUAACUGUGAUUGGUUGAAAGAUUCAAAGAAACAAUGGAGAUUUCUUCCAGAAGAGGAUUAUGAGUUAAGGGAAGAUCACAAUAAUUCAACAUCUUCAUCAACAUCAACGUCUUUGGAAGAUCAAUUCAACUUCAACCUUCAUGAAAGUUUGGAAAUCGCUCGUUCCCGGAGCCUCCCAUUGUUCCACGACCUCCGGCUCCACGUCAUGAAGUCAGUCCUCCCUCCUCCAAAUGAGAUGUACCAGAUCAUCCUAUGUGGAGGAGGGGAAGUAGUGAAGAGGAUGCCGGGAUCGGAUGCGGGAGUCAUCAUCAUCGGGGUGGAGGCGAAGAAGAGGACAAAAAAGCAGUUGGGACUUAGAAUAAUGAGUAAAGAGUUUAUCCUCACUGGGAUCCUGCAGCAAAAACUUGAUUAUAAAAAGUUCCUUCUUAAUCAAGAUGACAUCACCACAUCAACAUCUUAUAAUAAUAGUUGCGGAACUCGAGCCACUAGGGGAGCUAGAGCCAGAAAGACCCUAAUGAAAUAAGUUUUGUUUUAUUUUUAUAAGCAAUUGCAUUUUUAUUAUUUUAUAAUGUUAGUUUUAUACUGUUGAAAACCCUGGCCUGGAUUUAAUCCCAGUACCCCUGGGUCUCUAACCCAGGUAUAGAUACGUGUUCAAUGCAGUGUUCUAAUACACCGCAAGUAAAACUUAGCGUUAUUUUAUAUUAUUACCAUUCUGUUAGCGUUUUUAAGUUUCAGAUAUAAGCAAUUUGUUAUUUGUGAAACUAAACUUUUCAAAUUAUGACUAGUAGAUAUUGUUAGCAUUGGUAUUUUUGUAGAAUAUUCGAAUUUUCAAACAAAGUUGAUUACACUGCCUUUAUAAAUG